UAUGCAGAGUGUUAUAAAGCUGCGUCGUUUGCUGCACUCUCCCACAUAAACCGGAGGCUAGACACAUCGACUCUCUUCGAAGGGCCUCUCCAUGGCUUUCUCGCCUCCUCCUCCCCUCCUCCUCCUCCUCUCCCUCCUCUCUCUUCUAGUGUUGCAGUCUUCCGCGGUCAUCCCCCGCAUGCUCUUCCUGGUGCCGCAGCAGCCACUCGUGCUCAAGUACCAUAAGGGCCCCUUGCUGAAGGGCAACUACACCGUCAACCUCCUCUUCUACGGCCGCUUCACCCCCGCGCAGCGCGCCAUCGUCGUCGACUUCGUCCGGUCCCUCUCCGCCCCUGCCAGGUCCUCGCGGCCGCCCUCUGUCGCUUCCUGGUGGGGCACCACCGCCCUGUACGGUCCCGGCGGCGCCACCCGCCUGUCCCUCGGCCGCGUGCUCCUCGACGACCGCUGCUCCCUCGGAAAGUCCCUGACCGACUCGGACCUCCUUACGCUGGCCUCCCGCGCGCCCCACCGCGCCGCCAUCACCGUCGUGCUCACCGCCCCGGACGUUCUCGUCGACGGCUUCUGCAUGAGCCGGUGCGGAUUCCACGACUCCGGCCGCGGGGGGAAGCACGGCAAGUCCCGGUACACGUACCUGUGGGUGGGCAACCCGGCCACGCAGUGCCCCGGGGAGUGCGCGUGGCCCUUCGCCCAGCCCACCUACGGGCCGCAAACGCCACCGCUACUGCCGCCCAACGGUGACGUCGGCGUCGACGGCCUCAUCAUCAGCCUGGCGACCCUGCUGGCCGACACGGUGACCAACCCCUACGGCGACGGCUUCUUCCAGGGUCCGCCAACGCUUCCCCUGGAGGCGGUCACCGCCUGCACCGGCAUCUUCGGCAACGGGGCCUUCCCGGGCUACCCAGGGAACCUGCUCGUGGAUCCCACCAGCGGGGCCAGCUACAACGCCCGGGGAUUGGCCGGGAGGGAGUACCUGCUGCCUGCAAUGUGGGACCCGAAGACGAAACAAUGUAAAGCCCUCGUUUAGAAUGCACGAUGCACAAAUAAUGAGACCUUAAUUAUCUCCUAAAACUUGCUAUAUUCCGCAUUUUACUUUGGAUUUUUGUUGAUAAACUAAGGUGGAUCUGUUCAUCUUCUUCUUCUGUUCAUGUCUAUGUAUCCAUUGAAUUGUGAUCACUCAUGGAAUGUAUAUGUUUGUCA